GCUGAACACAUGUGUGGACACUGAGCCAGUGAGCAGAGGCUGCUUGGAAAUUAAGCUGCAAAAGACAGUGCCUUAAUUUGAAGCUACUCCAGCAUACUCCAUGCAAGCUCUAGCUAGCUAGGUCAGUAUACUUGCAGUAGUCAGUACUCAGUACAUAUAUGUGCUGUCCGAGCGCGAGCAGAGAGAGACUUCAAUUCAUUUCCCACCGUCCAAAUAAAACACUGAAUUCGAAUAUUGAAUGCUCUUUCGCGUCGCGGCAUAUAUAUAUGAAUCUCCGAUCGAUGCGGCUCGUCGUCGCAGCUAGCAGCUAGCACAGCUGAGAAGAGAUGGAUCAGUGAAGAAGUUAAACCAUGAGCAGGCUGUAAUGACAGUGGGAGAGAGCUUGAUUAGUUUGCAGGUUAAUUGGUUGGUGUAGUAGUCAUGGCGGCGCUGCGUGACGUGCUGCUGUCGAUCGCGCAGACGCCGCACCGGCUGCGGCGGCGGGCGCUGGUGACGUGGACGCCGGCGCAGGAGACGAGCGAGGUGAGGGACAGGUCGGGGGCGCGGAUGAAGCGGCGGCUGGAGUGGUACGACCUCGUGGGGCUCGGCGUCGGCGGGAUGCUGGGCGCCGGCGUCUUCGUCACCACCGGCCGCGUCGCGCGCGACACCGCCGGCCCCGCCGUGUUCGCCUCCUACGUCAUCGCCGGCGUCUCCGCGCUCCUCUCCUCCUUCUGCUACGCCGAGUUCUCCGUCCGCGUCCCCGCCGCCGGCGGCGCCUUCAGCUACCUCCGCGUAACGUUCGGUGAGCUGGUGGGGUUCUUCGGGGGAGCCAACAUCCUGAUGGAGUACGUGCUGUCGAACGCGGCGGUGGCGAGGAGCUUCACGGACUACCUGGCCUCGACGUGCGGGAUCACGGAGCCGGACGCGUGGAGGAUCCAGGUCGACGGCAUCGCCAAGGGCUACAACGCGCUCGACUUCCCGGCCGUCGCGCUCAUCCUUGUCCUAACUCUCUGCUUGUGCUACAGCACCAAGGAGAGCGCGAUGCUGAACAUGGUGAUCACGGUGUUCCACCUGCUCUUCUUCGUGUUCAUCAUCCUGGCCGGCCUGUGGAACGGCAGCGCGCGGAACCUGGUGUCGCCGCACGGCCUGGCGCCCUACGGCGUCCGCGGCGUCCUCGACGGCGCCGCCAUCGUCUACUUCAGCUACAUCGGCUACGACUCGGCGUCCACCAUGGCCGAGGAAAUCCGCGACCCCGCCCGCGCCCUCCCCGUCGGCAUCGCCGGCUCAGUCCUCGUCGUCUCCGCGCUCUACUGCCUCAUGUCCCUCGCCCUCUGCGCCAUGCUUCCCUACACCGAGAUAGCGGAGAGCGCGCCGUUCUCGGCGGUGUUCAGGGAGAAGGCGGGGUGGGAGUGGGCGGGGAGCGUCGUCGGGGCCGGGGCGAGCCUGGGGAUCGUGGCGUCGCUGCUGGUGGCGAUGCUGGGGCAGGCGAGGUACCUGUGCGUCAUCGCCAGAGCGCGGCUGGUGCCGGCGUGGCUGGCCAAGGUGCACCCUUCCACCGGCACUCCUAUGAACGCCACCAUCUUUCUAGGAUUGUGCACAGCAUCAAUCGCACUCUUCACAGAGCUGCAGGUAGUGUUCGAGAUGAUAUCAAUCGGAACACUCCUGGUCUUCUACCUGGUCGCCAACGCGCUCAUCUACCACCGAUACGCGAAGCUGGGUGCCAACCGAUCUCUGCAUGUCCUCCUCUUCCUGCUCAUCCUUACACUGAGCUCCCUUGGCUUCUCCCUCUCGAGGAGGAUCCAUGGGCAAUGCCGAUGGGGAAUGGCUUUGUUCGGCGCCACCUCCGUGACGAUUACCGCCAUGUUCCACUGCGCGGUACGGCGAGACAUGCCAGAGCCACCAUCAGAGUGGAUGGUCCCUCUGAUGCCAUGGCCGGCGGCUGCAUCCGUCUUCCUGAAUGUGUUCCUGAUGACCACUCUCAAGGUGAUGUCAUUUCAGAGGUUUGGCCUCUGGAGCUUUGUGAUCAUAGUCUUCUAUGUCUGCUAUGGGGUGCACUCCACAUACUCUGCAGAAGAAAAUGAGGCUGUCAAUGCUAUGAUUCAUCAUGCCAAUAUGGACAUAUCUUAGCAAUAGCAGCACAUAAUACAUUGAUCUAGGAGUUACUUUGGAGCUAACUAGCUUGGCAAUUAGGCUGUCUCCAGAAUGGUCCCGAAUCUAAAGAGGAUGGAGGGCAAAAGAGAAGCUGCUUUUGCAUUAGGUUAGACUCUUCUUUUCCUGCUUUUGUGCUUGCAAAUUGGCUUGUAACUUUUUUUUUUCUCAAAGUGUACAUGCAGGACUGUGAAUGGCAUGUUUUCCUUUUGAUCAAAGACCAGAAAUUUUGUCUACUUUAAACAUAGAAGGUGACCAUUUCCGUAGAAAGUACCAAGUGACAGCAGAAGAGUAAUUUUUAACAGCUAGAUUUAAGUAUCUGUUUUUCCGUUCUUUUAGAAGUACUGAUUAAAUUUACAGGUGCAACAGGAAAUGCCAGUGCAAAAGAAGACAAUCAAAUGCUGGUUUACUGGCUUCCAUGUCCAAAGCAAUGCACAAAAUGCAACCUCGAUAGUUAUAUUUUUUGUAAGUGUAGCCAUGAAAA